UGUAGUCAUCUUCUUCUUCCCAUAAGUGAACACAAUGAGCAAAGAUACAAUGCCUUCUUGCUGCUUCCUUCUCAUCGCCAUCAUCUUCUCGUGCAUCCCACAUAUUUUUCUCUCUGAUGCUGCUCAAAUUUGCUCUUCUGAUUCGAACUACACAAGCAACAGCACUUUCGAAACCAGCCUCAAUCUUCUCUUCACCUCCCUCAUCUCCAACACUCCGGCCACUGGCUUCUACAAUGACACUAAAGGUGACGCAACAGAGCAUGCCUACGGCCUAGCGCUAUGCAGAGGCGAUGUCUCCAUCGAUGUUUGCAACAAUUGUGUGAAUUCAUCAGUGCAACAAAUAAUCCAACUAUGCCCACAACAGAAGAGUGCGAUUAUCUGGUUAGACAAUUGCAUCCUAAGAUACUCCAACCAGAGCUUCUUCUCCUCUGUUGACACUUCAGUGAAGUAUUUUAUUUGGAAUACCGGCAAUGCGUCUGAACCUGAAAGGUUUAACAAAUUGCUUGGGCAACUCAUGUACGGCCUUGCUGUGAAAGCCUCUGGAUCAACCCGUUUGUUUGCUAUUGGCUCCGUUGACUUCACAAGCUUAGAAAAGAUCUAUGGGUUGCUAAUGUGCACUAGGGACUUGUCCAAGGAAGACUGCAACAUGUGUCUUAGCAGUUAUAUCCCACAAAUUCAGAAUUUGGGCAAUGGGCACCAACAAGGUGGGGUCCUUCUUGGAAUGAGUUGUUAUCUGAGGUUUGAAGUGUAUCCCUUCUACAAUUUCUCUGCAAUCACUGCAGACACUUCUCCGCCAGUUUCUUCUCCACCCGAUGCAAUUGUAAGAACAUCCCCACCUGUUUCUUCAGUGCCAGGGAAAAGUAACAAAACAGCAACAGUUAUUGCAGCUAUUGCAAUUCCUGCAGUUGCUGCAGUUGUGCUCCUGCCAGUCACCUGCUUUUGCCUGCGUAAAAGAUGGGUGAACAAAAAGAGAGCAAAAAAAAUCAAUGCCAAACACCGUCCUGUUGUACUAGAUGGACGAGAUGAACAAGAGCUCCCAGAUGCAGAAUCUUUAUUAUUUGAUUUAGUUACACUCAAGGAAGCCACUGAUGACUUUUCUGAAGCUAACAAGCUGGGACAGGGUGGAUUUGGACCUGUUUAUAAGGGAGUUCUGGAUGAUGGACAGCAGAUAGCUGUGAAAAGACUUUCAGGGAAUUCAUCUCAAGGACUAAUUGAGCUGAAGAAUGAGGUGUUUUUGGUCGCUAAACUUCAACACAGGAAUCUUGUCAGGCUUUUGGGUUGCUGCUUACAAGAACAGGAGAGGCUACUUGUUUAUGAGUACCUUCCUAAUACCAGCCUGGACAAAUUCUUGUUUGAUUCUGUAAGAAGGAGACAACUGGACUGGAGAAGCAGAUACAAGAUCAUCGAAGGCAUUGCACGGGGGCUUCUUUAUCUUCAUGAAGAUUCACGUCUCAAGAUAAUACACCGAGACUUGAAAGCAAGUAACAUUUUGUUAGAUGGCGAUAUGAAUCCCAAAAUUUCAGAUUUCGGUCUCGCUAAGCUGUUUGAUAUUGAUGAAACACAAGGAAACACCAGCCAAAUAGCUGGAACAUAUGGAUACAUGCCUCCGGAGUAUGUUCGGCAAGGCGUGUUCUCAACUAAAUUAGAUGUUUAUAGUUAUGGAGUGUUGGUUCUGGAGAUCGUGACAGGUCGGAAGAACAGUGGCUUCCAAGCAUCUGAGAAUGCUCCUGAUCUUCUGACUUAUGUGUGGCAGCACUGGACUGGAGGAACGCCAUUGGACUUGAAGGACCAGAGCUUAGAUGGUGAUGAUUUCAGAACUGAAGAAAUGCUGAGAUGCGUACACAUUGGAUUGCUUUGUGUCCAUGAAGAUCCAACACAGAGGCCAAGCAUGACAUCCAUUGUUCUCAUGCUCAAUAGUUACUCUUCUUCUCUUCCAGCACCUUCUCCUCCUACUUACUACUUUCCAAGCUACAUGAUGAACAGGGUUCAGCCAAUGAUAGAUGAAUCUUCUUCUCAGAAAAGUGAGAAAACUGGGAUCAACUCUGUGAAUGAUGCAUCCAUUACUGAAAUGGACCCACGCUAGUGGUUUUAAAGCCGUAAGUUCUUGUAGUCUAAGACAGCGAGUGUGACAAAAACUUUUUUUUUCCCUAAAAAUCUUAGCCUUUCCUUUACUCAUGAUGGCUCUGCUUCAUGUAAGCAAGCAUUUGUUUUUUUAUAAAUAAAUAUGAAUAAACCACUAAUUCAAGUGUAGGCAAACAUUGUUAAUUAUUGGAUAGCCCAAUGAUAUAAUACUGAUAG